CAAAAGCAUUUACUAAUCCGUGGUUAUACUGAAUAAGAAUUUUCAAUACUAUUCGUGUAUAUCCUUCAAAAGGAUGUAAAAAGUUUGAAGUCAAAGUAUUAAGCUAUAGUUUUAUUAUGUUGAAAGAAGGAUUAUCUCUCAUGUUUGUCGCUUUAUUAUGGGGAGGAACAAAUCCACUAAUUAAAAAAAAUUCAAAGGAAAUUCUCAAUGUGAAAGCAGAUUCAAGAAUUCUUCAGUUUAUAUUGGAAUUAAAAUAUUUGGCAACAAACGUCAGAUACCUGAUUCCAAUGGCUUUAAAUCAAUUAGGAUCUGUUCUAUAUUUCUUAACACUGAAAAACGUCGACUUAACAUUAUCUGUUCCAGUAGCAAAUUCUUUAACAUUUGUAUUCACUGCAUUGUCUGGUUGGAUCUUAGGAGAACAACUGCCAAGAAAAAAUGCCAUUUUUGGAAUCCUUUUAAUACUUGUUGGGACUGUGUUAUGUUGCAUCGAUAAAUAUGUAAACAAAGUAGAUUAAUUUGUUUAGUGGUUAACACUUGUACACAUUACAAAAAUUUGGGUGAAAUGACAGCAGUGUAAUGAUUUUUUUAUGUUAGUAAUCUUCCGAACAGUAAGUGAAUCUAUUAAAAUAUGAUGCAGUAGUGGAAUAAGUUGUUUCUAUCACGCACGCUCGCUAUGGGACCUAUAGUGUAGGGGUUAUGUGCACGGAAAGUGCCAGAUAGUACAACGGCUUAAUGUUAUUUUCAUAGCGCAACGCUCCAGCUCGUGCGUCAACUGCGCCCGCGUGGCGCUCUUGCCAACUUUUCCUCACUCGUUACACAAUGUACUAUAGUGCGGGGGAACUUGUAAUUGAAUGGUAAUUAAAUAC